AUGGUGGAAAACGGUGCAUCGAGUGGUGGCAGCGAAAGUCCAAAUGCUACUGGCGUCAGGUCUGGGCUGUUAGAGACCCUAGUUCGUGGUGUUUGGUACAGAGUGCAUUGUUCCUUAGAAGAUGAUUAUUUAAGUGUAUGCUUAGACGAUGGUUAUGAUGCGACUACUACAUUAAAUGGAACCCUUAACAAUAAUAAUGUCGAAACACCCAAUAGCGACUUUACAGAAGUGCCGGAAGCUAUUGCCAAUCAGAAACGUUUGGUACAAGUUGUAAAAUCAGACAAUAAUGGACUAGGUAUAUCAAUUAAAGGUGGAAUCGAAAACAAUAUGCCUAUACUUAUAUCUAAAAUAUUCAAGGGCAUGGCAGCAGACCUCACAGAACAAUUGUAUGUAGGUGAUGCCAUUUUAUCUGUUAAUGGGGAAGAUUUAAAAGAUGCCACACAUGAAGAAGCAGUUAAAGCUCUCAAGCGAGCAGGGAAAAUGGUUCAGCUAGAAGUGAAAUAUUUAAGAGAGGUAACUCCAUAUUUUCGCAAAGCAUCAAUUAUAAGUGAGGUCGGCUGGGAGUUGCAACGAGGCUAUAUGGUAGAGACUCCACCAUCACCACCCUCUCCGCGCCGAAGACGGGCUGACACCAGAUAUAUACCACUUCUUAUGGCCUGUAUAGCCAAAAAUUUGAGACAUCAUGACCCUGAGGAUCGGACUAUAGAGAUAUAUUCACCGGACGGAGUCCACGCUUUGGCUCUGCGUGCUCCGUGUGGCACAUCCGCAGCAGGCUGGCACAGGGCGCUACACGCGACGGCACGACGUGCGGCACGAGCGGCACUGGCACGGGCCCGGCCACGUCUGAGACCGCUCAUCGGUGACGUCAGAUACGCCGGCUGGCUGGCGAGGCGCCCACCACAAGAACCACUGGGUGCGUCAGGUGGUUCUGACAGUUCUGAUGAUGCAGAAGGAUGGCAGCCAACAUUUGUUGCAAUCACCGAUAGAGAAUUGAGGUUAUACGAAGCUGCGCCGUGGUCGGGAGAGGCGUGGUGCGCGCCGACUGAAAGCUUUAGCUUGGCGGCGACUCGUCUGGCGUGGUGGAGGAGGGGCGAAGGCGCCGCGGCCCUGGGCGUGCGGGCGGGGACUCCGGCCGGUCUGUGUGUGAGAGCGCUAAGGGCAGACACGCCGCACGACCUGGCAGCCGUCGCUGGCUCGCUAGUUGACGGCGCACAUCAUGCUGUGCGAGCGCAGCCGGAAUUCACCUUCCGUUGUCGCUACCGCGGCGCGUGCGCUCGCCUGUCUCUAGGGGCCGGCGGCGUGUGUGUGUGGGAGGCGGCGGGGUCGUUGGGUCGCGGAGGAGCGCGCGCUCUCUACCGCCGAGCGCUGCACGCCCUGCGAGCAUCCGCGGACGACGACAACACCGCCCUCUGGCUGCACUUCGCUGACGACGACACACUGGAGCUUGAUAUGGAGGGUAGUCCUAAGCCGGCUGUAUUUAUUCUUCAUAAUCUCCUAUCAGCGCGUGUUCACUCCUUGCCAGGCGAGGCGGCCUCACACCCUGUAUAA